ACACACGCACACACGCACACACACACACACACACACUGACAGGUCGAGUGAAACUUUAACGCGCUGAGCAGCAUAGCGCGUGACUGGAGUUUCAAAGCCUCUCCGCGCGUCAGUCGAGCAGCUCUAAAGGAACCAAUACAGAGGCUUAAGAGAACAUUUGACCAGAUUUACACUACUGCUGUGGAGCUCAAGAUGAGUAAACCAACUCUCACUGCUGUUUUUAUAGCAUUUCUCCUGACUUCCAGUGGAGCAAAGCCAAAUGGAAAGAGCAAGAAGCCAAAACAAGUUGUGCCAGCAAUAGAAUGUGAUAUGCGGGCUGGGAAGAUCAGUCACCCAGAGUUUAUUGUUAAGUGUCCAGCUAACUGCAGGGAGACCAAGGAGAAGGUGUAUGGGACGGGUGUAUUUGCCUCCAUAUCCAGUAUCUGCAAUGCUGCCAUUCACAGUGGAGUCAUCACUAACUCUGGAGGAAAGGUAAUUGUGAUGAAGAUGACAGGACAGGCAGUCUACAAGGGUAGCUUUGCCAACGGUGUCCGCUCUCUGUCCUUACCCAACUGGAGAGAAUCGUUUUCUGUCUCAGUGGGUAAACCAAAGAAGGGGGUAAACUACCCAUCCACUCUGGUCUUUGCAUCCUCAAGACCCACCACAGUGAAAACGGGUGAACUGCUAUACUCCACGGUGUCGCCAGUGACAGAGGCUCUAGAGCCGGAGCUGACCACCACUAUAGCCCCGCCCACAACCACUCAUGUGACCACACCCAUCACCACAGCCCCACCCACUACCACAUCAGCCAAGCCACGGGUCACCAUUCAUAAAGUCCGCGAGGCAGUUUUUCAGUACCCUAUUGAAAUGAGCAUCCUGACUGGACGAUAUGGAUCAGGACAGUCACAGAGCGCCCAAGGAAAGGGUCCUUCGCAAGCAUUCAGAGGCAGCUCCGUCUAUGCCAAUAGGUUUUUACCCCGCACAAACACAGGUGCACACAGGACAGAGACGGGCACCGCGUUUCGAAGACAUCCGCACUUUUCCUCAACUUCAGCUUUCAGUCGGGUGCAGCCGCAGCCUGAGAGGAAGCAGCACACGGCGCAGUCUAAUCCCCCAUUUGCAAGAAGGGAUUGGCCGCACCCUGCGUACGCACGACCUGAUGGCACCAGAAGGCCAACAGAUAGUAGCCACUCACAGCCAAACACAGGGUAUAAAUGGAGCAGGAUGAGUACUGGUGACCCUGCAGUUGUUGACCCAAGGCCCGAUAACACAGAGUAUGAGCACUGGCCGUAUAACUUUGGACAGUAUUCUCCUGAGCCAGAAGACCACAAGCUUCCAUCUGAGACGAGCCACACCAGAGAGUCACCUGCUGGGUCAAACCCGUUUGAGUCAGGUUUCCCUGCACGAGGGCACAACAUAACACCCAGAGUUCCUGAACUCAUGCCUCAAGGAGAUCCAAAUUGUAAAGUUGAUAUUGCAUUCCUCAUGGAUGGCAGUUGGAGCAUUGGGAAACGCCGUUUUAAGAUUCAGAAAGACUUCCUUGUGGAGGUUUCUCAGGUCAUUAAUGUGGGUGUAGCUGGACCUAUGAUGGGCAUCAUUCAAUAUGGGGAUGAUCCGGUCACAGAAUUCAGUCUAAAACAGUACUCCAGCUCCAAGGACCUAAAGCCGGUCAUCAACAAAAUAGUCCAGAAGGGCGGUCCAUCCCAUGUAGGGAAGGCCCUCUCCUACAUCAACAAGCAUUUCUUCAGUGAUGCUAAUGGGAACAGAGGUGGGGCGCCCAACGUGGCUGUGGUCCUGGUGGACGGCUGGCCCACUGACAAAGUGGAGGAGGCCUCACGGCUGGCCAGAGAGUCAGGCAUCAACAUCUUCUUUGUCACCAUCGAGGGCCCAGAUGAGAAUGAAAAACAGAACGUGGUAGAGACCAACUUUGUUGACAAGGCUGUGUGCAGAACCAAUGGCUUCUUCUCGCUCCCUAUCACGAGCUGGUUUGCUUUGCGCAAAGCCGUGCAGCCUCUGGUGAAGCGUGUGUGUGACACGGACCGCCUGGUGUGCAGUAAGACCUGCCUUAACGCUAACGACAUUGCCUUUGUCAUCGACGGCUCCAGCAGCGUGGGAACCGGAAACUUCCGCACCGUGCUCCAGUUCGUUGCAAAUGUGACUCAGGAAUUUGAGAUCUCGGACACGGAUACACGUGUAGGAAUCAUACAGUACACGUAUGAACAGAGGCUUGAGUUCGCUUUCGGACAGCACAACAACAAAGCUGAUUUGCUGAACGCUAUCAAGCGUAUAAACUACUGGAGCGGAGGUACCAGUACGGGAGCUGCCAUCACAUACGUUGCAGAUCAGCUCUUCAGCAAAUCCAAACCCAACAAGCGCAAGAUCAUGAUAGUCAUCACAGACGGACGCUCCUACGAUGACGUGCGGGCCCCGGCGCUGGCAGUACAUCGUAAAGGUGUGAUCGCGUACUCCAUCGGUAUAGCCUGGGCAGCACAGGAAGAGCUGGAAUACAUCGCCACCGACCCUGACAGAGAGCACUCUUUCUUUGUGGAUGAGUUUGACAACCUCUACAAGUAUGUAUCAAAGAUUAUUCACAACAUCUGCAACGAGUUCAACUCCCAACCACGUAACUGAAUCAGGCCUACAGAUGGAAAUUGUGGAAUAUCACCAAAAAUCCACGGAGUAAGUGCAUUACCACACAGUUAGAAAUACAGUGUUACAAAUUUAGCAUACUGUCAUUACAAGCCUUACUGUCUAGAUGAAAAGCUUAGAAGAGGGCAGCAUGUUUCCAGAUUAGAUUUUUUUGCAAUUGAAACAAAAUACAGUGUGGAAAUGGUAAAGAUGGCAGUGGAUGUGUGUUCAGUGAUUUUGGAUUAACGUGUGAUGGAAUUCACAGAUUGACCGAUUUUUUUGAUGUGCGCAUCAACUGAGGUUUAAGAGAAUACACGUGCUUACAGCUUUUCCAUAGAUAGUUUCAGUUAAAUAUUAUUUAUAUUUUACAUGCUGAACACAAUAACAUGAAAAGUUAUAAAAAAUAAUAAUAAUAUCUUUGUUCAUAUGAAAAGCUUAUAGCUAAUUGUGUGCACAAGAAUAAGAUUCAACCAAAAUGUUGCAUUUGUUCAGGAGACAUGUGCAUGCUAAUGUAAAUCUAGGAUUGUUAAUGCAUGUCAGAACAUACUGAUCUUAUAGUCAUUUACAAGAUUCUUUCAAGGCACAAUGAUGACCAGAAUUGGAGUAUUAUGAGCAUUACAGACAGUUACAGAGAAUACAAUUUAUAGAAGAAUGGCAACAUACCAAAUGCUCCUGUUGUGUGGUUUUAUGACUCCUAACCAUUCUAACAGAAUGGUUCUUUUUUUCUUGUGAGUUUAAAUUCAUAUAAUGUAAUUUUUGUAUUUGUAUAUAUAUAAAAAAUUGCUUGUAUUUUUUGUCAACUGAUUAAAUAUUUUAA